AUGCUCAAACGGAAAAGUGAAGAAAGCGAACACAAUACUGUAAAACGUAUUGCGCUUGACAGUGACGCAGUGGAACAAAAGGAUAUAGAGAAUGAUAAACAUCAGACUUCUGCCUCUCUCACAGCCACAGAUGAAUCGGCUGAAAAUGGAGAUCUGGAAGAUAUGAAUGAUGCUGAAUCGGUCAAGGAUGUCAACGAUGACAACUCGGAAAUUUUAGAACCUGAAAAUACUUCGGUGACUUCUGGGUCGGUCGGUGGUGAUAUUGCUGAGAAGAAUAAGGACGAACUGGAAACUAGCACCACUCCGGAAGAAAGCAAGCAAGACUUGCCUGGCCAGAGUGAAGAAGAAACGAAAACUCCGCCAAUAUCCUCUCACAGAGUUGUCUAUAAUGAUGAUCCUAGCUAUGUGCACUUUCGAAUGCUUUGCACAAUAAGUGAGGCCGCUACUGUUGUUGGUAAAGGGGGAGAGACGAUAUCGAAAAUCAAGGAGAUGUCAAAUGCUCGCGUCAAUGUUAGUGAAAACUUGAAAGGUAUUCCUGAACGUGUCAUCAGUGUGAGAGGCCCCGCUGAGUAUGUAGCUAAGGCAUUUGGCCUUAUUGUGAGGAUGCUUUUGGGUGAGCAGUUGAAUGUUCCUUCUUCAUUGGAGUCGAAACAAUACAAUCUUCGUCUUUUAUUCCCUCACACGGUGAUGGGCUACAUCAUAGGUAAGCGAGGAUCAAGAUUCAGGGAGAUUGAAGAGAAUUCUGCUGCCAUGUUAAAGGCCAACGAUCAGAUCCUUCCUGCCUCUUCUGAUAGAGUUCUUAACAUCAAUGGUGUCGCGGAUGCUAUCCACAUAGCUGCUUAUUACAUUGCGCAAACAGUGAUAGAGCAUAAACCGCAAAUGUCAAAGGCUAUAUAUUACAAUCCUGCCAAUUUUGCUCAGCCAACAAUUCCUGUGUAUAAUCAGGCAUUAAGACCUUUUCCGCCAUCACAAGUACCACAAUCCCAGCCUUCUGGUCAAGAUGCACACCAGCAAAUGGGCGAUUAUAGAGGACCUAGAAUGGCACAUCAGCAGUACAGCUCUCCUGCGCAGUCUGGAUACCCUCCUAUUAUGGGUGUACCUUCACAAAUGAUGGGUCUGUACGGACAUAUACCACCACCUCCGCCUGCUACUUCUGGUCAACAACAAUCCUCAUUAGGGGAAUCGCAGGGGGGCAUUUCAAGUGAUUCCCGUGGUGCUAAACCUGUCAAUAUGAGUGGUGGAUUCUACCAGCCCUCAUAUGGCACUACCCAAUUCAAUCCUGAUACGGCAACAUCCAACACCCGAACUGGUGCUGUUUCCACAGGUUCCGAUGGUAAGCUGAAUCAAGAGGUAUUUGUUCCUCAAAAUCAUAUUGGACUUGUUAUUGGUAGAGGAGGUAGAAACUUGAAAGAUAUUAGACUGCAGACUGGAUGUUACGUUAAGAUUAAUGAAGAAAUUCCAGGUUCUACUGAAAGGAAAUUGACUUUGAUGGGAAAUAUGUACGGUAUUCAAAAUGCUCUGCUCUUGAUAAAUAACAAAAUCGAGAACGAAAAGCUGAGAGAGCUUAGAGGAGACUCUAGAGAGCAGCAUACCAGUCACGGUGGCAACAACGAGUCGAAUAACCCUUCUAAUGAGUCUUCUUUACCUCAACGGACAUUCACUUCUCAGGGGAAUCAAAAUGGGACAAAUGAGUAA